AUGGAGGGCAACGCGCACCUCCUGCAGCUCACCCGCAAGAUGCGCUCCCAAAUCAACAAGCUGGAGAGGGAGAACAGGGCCCUGAAGGGAGAGCUGCGGGGCUGCGGGCACACGGCGCUGCCGGCGCCGGGAGACGCGAGCGGCGGUGCGGGGAGACGGGAGCCCGCUCCUGGUGCGGAGGGACCGGCGGCAUCCCCGGCAUCCCCGACAUCCCCGGCAUCCCCAGCAUCCCUGCAGGGAGGCGCCGCGGCCGCCCCAGCGCCGAGGGAGCAGACAGGUACUGCCAUGACUGUGAGACGCUACCCCACCGCCUCCCCAGCUCCCGCUCCUUCCAGCACAAGGGCCCACUGGGCUGGCAGGAAAAGCACUGGGCUCCCGGAGGUGCCAGGCAGUGCCCAGCCACCAGCCCCUCCUGCUGCAGCACAGCUCAGCAGGGAAGAGGAGGAAGGGCUUGGAAAAUCACCAGCCUGUUGUCCCUCCUCCAGCCACUCCAGCAACAUGAAGCUGUUUCAGGAGCACGUCUAUGAGUGCCAGGGUAAAGUGAAGGCUGUGAGUUUCCUCUUACCAACAGAUAUGUCAUCAUUUGCUGAAAAGCAAAGUUCUCUCAAAAGCCCACAAAAUCAGAGCGCGAAACAUCUGAUGACCCAUCACUGA